UGUUAUGUUUUGAAGCCGAACACCUUCAUCAUAUAUAUACAUUAGUAAUCGUUUAAUCAAACAAGAGACGAAAUUUUUGUUUCACACAAAGAUUUUUUUUAUUGUUUUGUUAUUAGUUUUUCGGGUGUGAGUUAAAAAACGCUAAACAAAAAAAAACAUGAGCAUUUGGGAUAGUUUAACAUCUUGUUUCUGGUUUUCACCAGAAAAUCAACGAAAUACAUUCGCUUCGAUAUUGGCUGGAGUUUUGUUUUUUACAGGAUGGUGGUUCCUUAUUGACGCAAUUUCAGUGCAUCCCGAGCAGACACGAGUAAUUCACAUUUUAUUAGGCAUAAUGGGUACAAUAAGUUUAGUUAUGGUCAAUUCAGUUACGCAGGCCCAGAUAAGCGGUGAUGUUACGUUCAACGGUGGAUGUCUUGAAGCACGGGGCGCUCGUAUUUGGAUUUUCGUCGGUUUUCUCCUUGGAUUUGCUGCCAUCAUUGCCGCUGUAUGGGCAAUGAUUGCUGACUUCAGUAACGAGAAAGUGAGCAGUUGGCCGGGCAUCAGUGUGCUUCUACAGAAUGUAUUCAUCUUCUUGGGUUCGAUCAUUUUCAAAUUUGGCCGUACCGAAGAGUCGUACUAAGGGGUAAACCAAUUGAAUUUCUUCGAAAUACAACUGAAACACGAAUACAUAGUUGAGAAUGGGAAAAAAAUCAUGCAUUUUCGAAAUGAAAAAUGUUUCAUCUUUCAAAUUAUAAGGUUACACACAUAAUUAAGUAAAAUCGAUGAAAGUAAAGUAAAUGGAUAAUUUAAAUGACUUACAUUAGAGCAUCAAUAUUUGCAUGGAAUAAAAUAUAAAUGAAUAAAUAAAUGGAGCAGUUCUUUUCUUAACGAUA